AGAGCCCUUCACAACAGCUGUUUUCAUUCGUUGUUUGAUGUAUUUAAACAUUUGUUAAUGUGAUGCGGGAUGUUUGGAUUUAAUGAACACCAUUGAGCCUUCCCUGUUUCAGAGUUUCUACUGGCUUUUUCAGGUACUUGCUCUGUUUGAGUUCAUCCAACGUGAGGGACAGCGCAGAGGACGACAGCUGCAGGAAGCCAUUGUCAUCAGUUAUACACAACAAACAAAAAAAGAAGAGACGGUCAUCUGUCUCCUGGCAAAAAGAAAAGGCAGAUCUACUCAAACUGCAUAUACCAGAAACGAAAAAUUACUUUCAGCCAUGAAAUCCAUCUUCAAAGUUGACUUCAGCGUUUUUAUUUUCCUCAUGCUCCUGCAGGGGGCAGCAUUGUUGCUGUUCUGCAACUGGUACUACCAGCUUGGCUCAGCAGACUCUGCCCCUCCAGACCGUAAAGUUCACGUUUUGCUCCUUUCAUCAUGGCGAUCUGGUUCAUCCUUCAUGGGUCAAGUGUUCAGUCAGCACCCUUCAGUUUUCUAUCUCAUGGAGCCUGCAUGGCAUGUUUGGAGCAAAAUGAACAAUUUUGGUUCAAGGACUCUACGAAUGGCUGUUAGGGAUCAAAUGCGGAGCUUGUACCAAUGUGACUUCUCUGUGAUGGAUGCCUACAUGUCAGAUAAGAGAAAAGCGUCCUCCUUGUUUAUGUGGUACCAGAGUCGGGCUCUGUGCUCGCCUCCUGUCUGUGGCCUCACACCAUUUGGUCAGAUAAGCAAUAUGGAUCAGUGCCAAAAGGAAUGUGAUGGUCGACAUUUUGAGAUGGUGGAGAAAGCCUGCAAAAUCUACAGCCAUGUGGUCUUAAAAAAGACUCGAUUUUUUGAACUGGAAUCCCUUCACCCUCUUCUUAAAGACCCCAACCUUGAUCUUCGCAUCAUUCAUCUUAUCCGGGAUCCUCGGGCUGUGUAUCGGUCUAAAGAAGAAUCUGCCUUAGCAUUCAAGAUUGAUAAUGCCAUUGUCUUGGAACAUAAAAAAGUACCAGAAGCCGAGGAGAAUUAUCAAGCCAUGCAAGAAAUCUGCCAAAGCCACAUCCGAAUCAAUCAAAGUGCCACCCAGAACCCUCCUCCGUUUCUAAGAGGUAGAUACAAAUUGGUCCGUUAUGAAGAUGUAACAAGUAAUCCGCUUCAGGAGAUCCAGGAUAUUUAUGAAUUUGUAGGUUUAGAGAUGACUGAUGAGAUGGCAGCAUGGAUAAAUAAUAUGACCCGUGCAAAGGGAAAAGUCAAGGUACAAAAUGCUUUCCAGAUUAACUCCAGAGAUGCUGUUCAAGUGUCCCAAGCUUGGCGCACAACGCUCCCCCACAACAAGGUCAAACGUGUUCAGGAGGUGUGUAAAGAAGCCAUGUCAUUGCUUCACUACAAGACAGUCGGCAGUGAGGAAGAACAGAAGAGACUAGAUAUUGAUCUGUACAGGUUAGGAAAGCCAAAAGGGUUUGCUUGGGACCCUGUUAAACCUCCAGGUACAGGGAGCAGGUAAAACACAUUAAGUCAUAACAAGAUGACUUUAAAGGACUGCGUUCUGUUUCAGAUCCCACUGGAGGCUACAAACCUAGACCGUGCAGCAAAGACCUUUUGAACUGUACAUAGCAAAACACUGAUGCUGUAAUCAAUUAUAUAAGAAACAUCUCUCUCUCUCUGUUCAAAUGUUUAGAAGAUCUAAGUGAGGAGUUAGAGACAUUUCUGUUUGUGUUGGUGUGGAAAAAAGAUAAAUGUAUGCAAAAGCAUUAAUUUAUCUUUAUCUGUCAGGAUACAAACAUACAAGAUGAACUCAGCUGUAGCUUUGAUAAAAGUAAGUAAAGACUUUUCCAUGGUGGAUAAUUUGUUUUACAAAUUCUUAACUUAAGUUUUCAAGAAACAUUUCUUGUAGCACAUGUCAUGUCAUAUAUGUGCUUCAAAAUUAUCUAGAAAUAAGUAAAAAUUUCUUAUAUUAACUGUAUUUACCCUUAUUUUGAGCAGGUAAAUAAGAUAAGUUGCCAAUGGAAUGAGCAUUUUUACACUUAGAAUAACAUAA